AUGUUUUGCGGGAAAUCCUCACUGACAAUUCGGUGUGUCUUUCUACCCUUGAAUGAAAUAUCAACCGUCGUUACUGCUCGUCAUUUCUCAACUACGUUAAAUGCACGAAUGAAGAAACUCAUUGAUUCCAAACGAUAUCGACAAGCUCUCGACAUUUUUGAUAAGCAGUCACACGCUGCUGAUGAUUUCGCUCUGAACAUGGCACUCAAAGCGUGCAGUAAUUUGCCAGACUAUCGACGUGGACUUGAAAUCGUUCGACAACUCUCACCCAAGUCUCUCAACAAUCCCUUCAUUCAAACGUCACUUGUUCAUUUCUACAUGAAAUCCGGUGACUUGAAGAGUGCAAUCGGUUUGUUCAACUCAAUCCCGGUGAAGAUGAAUCCACUUUAUACAACGUUGUUCAAAGGACUGAUAUCGAUGAAAAAGUCGAAAGAAGUGUUGAACUUGUAUGAACAGAACAAAAUGAAGUUAGACGAAGGUGCUUUUGUGAUGGUAUCAAAGGCAUGUUCUGAAAUAUGUGAUGAUCGAGCGAAGAGGAUUGGAAAACAACUGAUGGACGAUUUACCUGAAGACUUGAAAGGUUCUGAAAAAGUGAUGAACUCGACGAUCUUCAUGUUGAUGAAAUUCGGAAACGUCGAUGAGGCUGAGAAACUCUUUCGCCAGAUGAAACACAAAACUAUCUACACUUAUGGUGCUAUGAUGAAAGGUUAUAACGAUAAUAAAAAGUUUGAGAAAACAUUGGAUCUGUUUGAGACAUUACCAUUCGUUGCGAACGAAGCGAUCUACACAAUGGUUUUAAGCUCUUGCUCUCAGGUUAGAGAUGAUCGUGCGAGAAGAAUUGGAAAACAGUUAAUCGAUAAUUUACCUGAAGAUUUGAAAGGUUCUGAAAAUGUGAUGAACUUGACGAUUUUUAUGUUAAUGAAAUUUGGAAACGUCGUUGAAGCUGAGCAACUCUUUCGUCAGAUGAAACACAAAUCAAUUUACACUUAUGGUGCCUUGAUGAAAGGUUAUAACGAUAAUGAAAUGUUUGAAAAAGUGUUGGAUUUGCAUGUUAAUAUGCCCAUGGCUGUGGAUGAAGUUAUGUAUACAAUUCUGUUCAGCGCAUGCACACGUCUAUUCAAUGAUCGAGCAUUACAAACAGGAAAAGAACUUCUGCGCAAGAUGAACAAGUCCUAUUAUAACAAUAAUAUCGUCAUCACAUCAGCUAUUCACAUGUUGAUGAAAUUCGAUCUGGUGAAUGAUGCUGAACGAUUGUUUCGUCAAGUGAAAACAAAAAGUGCUCUUACUUAUCAUGGAAUGAUAAAUGGAUACAGUCGACUAGACGAGUUGGACAAGUGUUUUCAGCUGUUUGAUCAAAUGAAAAGUGAUCAAAUUCUUCCAAAUGAAGUUGUAUUUCUUUCAAUGAUCGGUGUUUGUGCAAAAAUUGGCAUACGCUCAGUAUCUCAGUCAAUUGUUGAUCAAAUACCUGCCGAUCUAAAAGCUAGUCAAAAUAUUCAAAAUGCAUUGAUUUCCAUGUGGGGCAAAAAUAGCUCGAUAGGAAAAAGUAAAGAAAUAUUCGAAUCAUUGAGUGAUCCAGAUGUGGUGGCAUAUAAUUCAAUGAUAAAUUCAUAUGGACUGAACGGGAUGGGUGUUGAGGCUGUGGAACUGUAUAGAAGAAUUCCUGUUGACAUGCGUGAUGAAGUAUCCCGUAUAUGUGCGUUGAAUGCGUGUUCGCAUGCCGGUUUGUUAAAUGAAUGUCGUCAUAUAUUCGAUCAGAUACCUCACAAAACAAUAAAGAUUGUCACCACAAUGGUUGAUUGUUUGAGUCGGUUGGCAAUGUUUGAUGAAGCAGAAUCAGUCAUCGAAGAUUAUGAAAAGACAAAUCCACCUUCGUCUGCUAUGCACAUGGCAUUAUUGUCUGGAGCCCGCAAUGUCCGCGACUCCAAUCUGUCUAAUCGAAUCUACAAGAAAAUGCAACAAUUGUUUCCUGAUGAGAAAGACACACUCAUAGCCGGUUCCGUUCUCUUGUCAAAUAUUUAUUCGUCCAUAGGUGAUCAUCAUCGUGCAGGAGAUAUCCGUACCAAUAGAAUCAAACAGUUUGGAUAUAAUGUGAAAGUUGCCUUAUCUUGGACUUCGGUGAACAAUCAACUGGUGCGAUUCAAAGCUCAUGAUCAUUCUCAUCCUCAAUCAGAGGAGAUCUAUGAAGAACUGCAACGUUUAUCGUGUGAGCUCCGUGAACAUGGUCACACGUUCGACAGCAGUUGGAUCACUCGUCCAGUGAAAGAGGAUGAAACAGUGGAAAGUGUGUUGUGUGGUCAUAGUGAAAAGUUGGCGAUCGCAUUCAACUUCAUUCAACAACCACCUCCUUCCAUCAUACAAAUCAGUAAAAAUCUUCGUAUUUGUGGUGAUUGUCAUGCUGCUACGAAACUCAUAACGAAACUGCGUCGAUGUGAAAUCAUCAUCCGAGAUGCAAAUCGAAUUCAUCAUUUUUCCAAUGGAGAGUGUUCAUGUCAAGAUCAUUUCUGA